GUGGGAAGAUGAGAAUGCGGGGAGAUGGCCUUUGCUCAUGAUUUGCAGAUAACCACAUGGGCAGGGAUUGUAAGAGGAGAUAGCGGGAGGGAAGCUAAUCGCGUACACAGGCCCUGACCCCUAUCCCCGUUCUGUACUCUUGUUGACGCACUGCCGACGUUGGGUUGAGGACGGCCGACGGCCAUCGUAUCAAGUUUGUCUCGUGCAGACAAGACUCAUUGCACUGCAUAUUGGUGGCUGUACACUCCUUGAUAUCACAGACCGGCUGAGAUUGAAGGAUAUAUAGCCUGUGCCGUCUCUCCUCACAUCAUACGAUUCAUUCAGCAUCAACCUCCACUUUCUUCCCCAUCAAUUCAAUCUCCAAGCGAGCCAAGUCCCAUCAUGACCUCCACCGAUCGCGUCCCCAUCCCGGGAGAGGCCCGCCUGAUCUUGGCAGAACCAGCUACUGACGCGUCGCGCUUCGUUCUCGUACCAACGCCCUCCAACGAUCCCAAUGAGCCUCUCAAUUGGCCUACAUGGCGAAAAUUGUUCAACUUUGGACUGUCGAUCGCUGUCACGGUCGCUGCUUUCACCAAUGUCUCUAUCCAGACUGUCUUUUGGCAGCAGAUGACUGUUGACAUGGGCGUUAGCAUUCAGCAGUUGACCAAUGCCCAAUCCGCCCAGCUAGCUGGUCUAGCUAUGGGUUGCUUGUUCUUCAUUCCCCUUGCUAUCAAGUAUGGACGCCGCUCUGCGUAUAUCAUCUCUACUGCUGUUCUUGCUGGUGUUUCUUGGUGGACUUCGAGAAUGCAGAGUUAUCCUGAGUUGAUUGUCAUCAUGGUUAUUACUGGUCUUGGUGGUGCUAUCAAUGAGACUGCUGUUCAGAUGACUAUCUCUGACCUCUUCUUUAUUCAUCAUCGUGGAUCUGCUAAUGCUGUCUACUUCACCGCCGUCAUGGUCGGCUCCUUUCUCGCCCCCAUGGCCGCUGGAACACAAGCUGCCAACCAAGGCUGGCGCUGGUCUUACUACACCCUAUCCGUAUGCCUUACCAUUCUCUUUGUUGUCUUCGUCUUUGCAUUCGAGGAGACAAAGUACAUUCCUGUCUCAGUCGGUGAGGCAGACAAUGAUGACGCAUGCUCUGAGCAGAACCCCAUCGAGAAGGACAUCGACUCCAAGAACAAGGUCGACAAUGAUCUUGUUACCAUCGCUACUCACACUGAACCUACCAUCCCCAUGAACUCUUACCGUCAGUGCAUGCGUCUGACCACCACGACAAGCGAAUCUCUUCCCCGUUUGUUCAUGAUGCCUUUCCAUGUCAUCACUCUUCCCCACGUCAUGUUCACGGCUCUGCAGUUUGCUUCUGGAGUCUGCUGGCUUGUUAUCUUCAUGCAGAUCAUCUCCAUUGUCUUCUCAGCUCCUCCUUAUAGCUUCACUACCGCUGGUAUUGGAUAUAUGGCUCUUGGUCCGUUUGUUGGCAACAUCUUCGGAAGUAUCUACGGAGGACCUCUAGCAGACUGGACUGUUGUUCGACUCGCACGACGCAAUGGUGGUGUUUAUGAGCCUGAGAUGCGAUUGUAUCCUCUUGUUAUCCCUACCAUUUUCAUGGCCGGUGGAAUCAUCAUGUUUGGCGCUACGGCUGCUCGAGGCAUGCACUGGAUCUAUCCCUCCCUUGGCGGAGCAUUCUUUGCCUUUGGACUCGGUGCCAACGGUGAUAUCACCUUCACUCUCAUCAUCGAUACUUAUCGUGAGCUUGUCGCUGAAGCCUUCAUCGGUAUUGCUUUCUUGCGAAACGCUGUGUCCGUUGGUGUCACUUUUGCCAUUGUUCCUUGGAUGACAUCCAUGGGUCUUACCAACAUGUUCAUCAUCAGUGGCUGCAUUGCAUUCGCCAUCGGCUCUCUCUUUGUACCCAUGAUCAUCUACGGAAAGAGGAUUCGCACUACUCUGGCACCUCGCUAUUGGAAGUUGGUCGAGAUGCGGUCACGUAUUUGACAGGGCUUUACGGCGGAUUAAUGACUUUAGGAUGAAAUUGUAUGGAAGGCAUUGGGAUCUAUCUGGUUAUGGUAUUCUUAGUCUAGGUAUCAUCAAUUUACUCAUACUCUCUUUC